GUUCGCCGACUGCGGCGUGAAACUCAGAUUUUUGUGUCUUGAAAACAAUGCAAAAUCAGUCAACCAAGACGGAUAAUUAAUGACAAUGGGCAAAAUUAUAUUCUGAGGAUAUAUCCGCCCUCGAUAUCGGCGUACUAUAGGCAAAAUAGCCAUCAGGAGGCCGAAAAUUUGGAGAAGUUUAUCGGGAGUUUUCUGUCGUUGGUCCGCCAUGUUUUGAGAGUUGAGAAAAUAAAAGUGGUCUUCUUUCAAAAUGGAGCUUCAUAGCAUUAUCCUGGGCAAUACCAUCAUCUUCGUUGCCAUUGGAUGCAUUCUGACUCAUGAAGUCACUGCCACUAACUUCACAUUUUGUGCAUAUCACGAUGACAUAAUCCUCCGGGGCAAUGGGAAUGAGGGCGAGGCGGUCUACAUUGAGGAAGCUGCUGCAAGCCUUUCCAUGAAAAUGUUGGAUAAGUCCGGUGAGGUACAGCCAGAUAGGAAAACGAUCAAAUGCGCUGUGAAGAAGAAUAAAUGCUACACGCUGUGGCAGACAGACCUGACGACAAACACCGACGCCAUAUUGAAACAAGGAUGUUGGGACCACUCUGACCCGUCCUACUGCGACAAGAAAGACUGCAUGAACGAUCGCCCUCAGAUGAGGAACAACACCAAAUUCUGUUGCUGUGCUGGAGACAUGUGUAACGUGAACGUCACGGAUAUUUACGAGCCAUCUGACGACGCAACGUUUGUACCAAGACCGACACCAGGUACAAGUGCAUAUCCAAACUAUAGGAGGAACACGAUAAUAAUCGCAAUGUCUUCAGUCAUCAGUGUAGCCAUCAUAAGUGCAUUUAGCUUCCUGGUUUACCGUCUUUGGAUCAGCUCACACAAACCACCACCAGACUCACUCAGCCUUGUAGAAGCGCCACCUAGCCCCAGCUACGAACUAGACCAGCUAAAAAUAGACUCGCUGAUCCAAAAAGGUCGCUACGGGGAAAUAUGGAAAGGAAAACUUGGCGAAAAAGAAGUCGCAGUGAAAAUAUUCAACGCUAGUCAGCGGUCUUAUUUCAUCAAUGAAAGGGACGUGUAUUCGUUACCUUUCAUGGAGCACGACAACUUAUUGAAGUUUUACGGCGCAACAGAACGUGUGUUACCAGAUGGCGCUACACAGUAUUUGGUGGUUUUGCAACUCUGCCCCGAAGGUUCGUUGAUCGAUUAUCUGAAGCACAACACACUCGAUUGGUUGAUACUGUGCCGAAUGUGUCACUCUAUUGCCUGUGGGUUGGCACAGUUGCAUACUGACUUCAAAAAAGGAGAUAAUGUAAAACCUGUGGUAGCUCAUCGAGACUUCAACACAAGAAACAUCCUAAUCCGAGCUGAUCUCUCGUGUGUGAUAUGUGACCUUGGCUUUGCCAUGAAGCUCGCGGGGACGAGGUUGUAUCGUGGUCAAGACGAGGAGCAAGUGUCACUCAUUGAUGUGGGCACACUGCGUUACAUGGCCCCCGAGGUGCUAGACGGUGCUGUUAACCUGCGUGACUGUGAAUCAUCUCUGAAGCAGAUAGAUGUCUACGCUCUUGGCCUCGUCAUAUGGGAAAUAGCCAGUCGCUGUUCAGAUUUAUAUCAAGGUAUGCCAGUGCCGGAACACUCACUGCCCUUCCAACACGAGUUAGGAGCACAUCCAACUUUGGAAGAAAUGCAGCUGAUGGUAUCGAGGAAGAAGGUUCGCCCGGUUUUCCCGGAUGUCUGGAAGGAUACUCACCAGGCUAUUCGCGCCCUGAAGGAAACAAUCGAAGAUUGUUGGGAUCAGGACGCCGAGGCUCGUCUGACUGCCAUGUGUGUGGAGGAGCGCAUCUUGGAGAUGACGAAUCUGUGGGAAGCCGUCAAACAUAAGGGUGUGACGCCAACUAUCCUACAGUGUGGCGGUUUACCCGACUCUACCAUCAUGCAGCGUAAUAUCACUAGUCAGAGUGCACCCCCUAGUCAGGAUGAAACGACGACCACAGACAGGAAUGGUAACCUUGCACAAACUGAACGUUCAAGAAUGCUGCCCAACGUUGAGGAGUACAACAUUUCGUCUUCGUAUCCAACUUAUCAUCGUUUCCAUAAUAUGAACGAUCAUAGCGUCUCUACGUCAACCACUGAAACAACUCUGACAAUGUCACCGUCGGAACCAGAAGUCUACACAAAAGCGAAUCGUAAUAUCGGUUAUGCAAAAUCGAACCGUGCUAAUCAAUCGUUACAACCCCAUCAGGGUCGGAAUCCGACUGUCGAGCGUAACACUCAUAAGCGUAGCGAUGAAGAGUUACAAAUUAAAGGAAAUACCCUCGUUGAAGGAGGCAUCUCGCAGGCCUCUAGUACUCAAAACAUGGAUCACAUUUUCGAUUCGAUUACAGACAAUUUGGAUUCGUCACUCGUUCAGCACGAUAUCCUGAAUCAGAAUCGAACAAAUAACCCUCCUAUCCCGUAUGUUCAAAAUAGAGUUUCCGCGGAGCCGAUGGUCGUUCGUCCGAAACAGGCAAAUGUCCCUGGAAAUGGGCAGUCACACAAACAUGGCUCCUCGCAGACAAAAUCACGAUCAAAAAUGAAGAAACUAAAGGAAAAGGGAAAGUUUAAUCUGUUUGUGCGUAACCCAAUUAUUCGGGGGUUCUUGGGUGGGUAUUGGAAAAAGGACACAGGGAGUGAUGCUGUGAAACAGCCACUGCAGGCAACGGUGCCACCUCCUCGGGUUGAACCGUGCUACAACCCUGAGAAGUGUAACCUGCUAAAUGAAGCCGAGUAUAAGACAGUUGCAACAAAAGUUUGUUUGAUGAAUGGUAGCCCUGUCGUGCGGCCGUUGGAUUUACAGUUGCGUGACAACCGUAAUGAUGACGACGCGACUAAUAUUAAUCUCCUGAGGUCGCAUGAAGGUCGUCUUGGUGUUGCUGAAGUUGGCGUCGCAAAAUUACGUAGCGUGAACAAUGGACAUGCCGCGGUAGUGAAAUUGAAUAGUUCUAGUGUUGGUAGUUCGCGAUCUGAAUCCGCUUCGUCAGAAUCUGAAGAAUUUGAAAACGGCUUGCUCCAAAGGAGGCCGAGCUCUCUUUCACUAAAUGGACAUAAUUAUACGCAGAAUGAUUUAAAAUCUGACGGUGUAGUUAAUAGUACUCAAAGUACUCCCACUGAUGUUGGCAAUGCGAACAAUGUUUCAGUAGAGGAAUUAAAGUCAGGCCAGCAGAUUAAACGACGUGUUAAAACACCGUAUAUGAUGCGACCGGGACGUUUCUCACUCUACGACGAUCGUAUGAUGACCGAUAGUUGCCGGGAAACGCUUGGCAAGGCUAAGACUGAUUAUCUGACUACAAAGUCGAGUAUCUCUUUACAGCAAUUCAACAGUGGUGACAUUGAUAUCAGUGCCUUAAAGGCGGCGGAUUACACAUGCUGAUUGAGAGAUCUGUAUAAAAUACGUGUUUAGUGUGGCCAGAAAUAUACGUAAGCUGAUUUACAGUAUCAACUUAUCAGUCAAACUGAUGCUCUCAUAGACGUUAGGCUGUUACAUGUGCUACUACUAGUCAUGAUACUCUAUUGGGUUGGACAUGAUUUUUGGAUCCUAGCAUUUGGCAAAAUCUGGCUGGGAUUUGUGUUGAUGGGGAAUAUGGCUAAAUAAAAUAAUGACAAAUUCAUAGCAUCAUCGUAGACUUAUUUUGUGCUCUGAAAUGCAUGUAGGGGGAGCUUUUUAAAAUGAUGUCCAUACUCAAGGUAUCGGUAAAAUUAGAUAAUGUGCUUCAAUACACGCGAGAGUAUAUUGUACUGCUAAUUGUUCCAAUUUUGUUUCAACAGCAACCAGAGUGGUUGUCCUGGUGAUAUGUGCUGCUGUAAAAAUGCUACACUGUGCAAGUAGCUGAUUUUUGUUGGUGAGUUUUACACAUUAAUGUAUCACUUUUGUGAUGUCGUUCAUGAUCUUUGAACGUUUGGUUGGGCUUUUUUUCACACCAAUUUUUUAAAGUUGAUUUCGUCAUAAAACCUAUGAAAUGUAUCAAGAUCUUGUCCUGUUCAUAUUAUGUAGCUUUAAUAGUGCAAUUAUGAUGACCAUUAAUGUGUGUGAUGGUCAAUUAUGCGUUUUGUGUAUGUAGGCCUAGGGGAGGGGUGGGGCAGGUGCAUAUGUGACCCGCUCUACCAAAACUAGGCGCUUGUCGCAUCUGAACUUGACAGGGUGAUACAGACUUGUUGUUCAUUUCCCUAUUGU